CGGGGUCCGGAAAGAUCGAGCCGGACUGAACUCCAUCUACUCAGAGCUGAACUUUCGGAAAGAGGAAACUCGCAUCGAUGAGGAUGAAGAUCCUCCCAUUUCCUCGGGACCCGGCGGUCUUCCAUCCACCACACUACCAGGUCCGCAUAAACAGAAGCCGAACGAGAACAUCGGAAAUGGACCGGACCGAAAGAAGUGGCUACACUGCCUGGUUACCACCGUCCUCUUCGUGACCGUGGUCGGGCUGUCGAUCCAUGUGUCACAGAUUCGUCAGUCUCAGAUCACAUCCGACAGAAAUUACCAGGAGUUAAACUCAACCCUUCAAUCCAAGAUAUCCGAGAAUUCCCACCUGAAUCUCUCCCAGACAACCUGUCUCAAGAAUUUCUCUGCCCUCAACUCUAAUCUGUCCGAUUAAACCGAAUGCACAGUGAUCUCGGAGAUGGAAACGAAGUACAGAUCUGCCAACGAAACCAAGGCUCGAAUCUGUGAAUUGUUGACCAACAGAAGAGUGCCAGCGUGUCCUCAGGGAUGGAUCGAAAAUGAAGGUCGCUGUUAUUUCCUAUCCAUCCUGAAGGAAUCUUACGAUGGAGCGAAGGAACAUUGCUCAAUCUUUGAUGCAAGGCUCCUCAAAAUGAAUUCAAUCCAGGAAGAGGAUUUUGUUUCCUCCUCUACCGGCAAUGGAUACAAAACUUACUGGAUUGGAAAAUGCAGAGACGGGAAGGUGGACUCUAAUCUUCUGUACAAGUCCUAUGGAUGGCCGAGCUGCAGUAAAUGCAACACGGACUGGAGCACCAAUUGCAAAAAUAAACACAGAUUCAUCUGCGAGAAGUCGGCACAUUUAUGCUGGGAUAUUCCUGAAGAGAUCCGAGGUCUCUGUCAACACCCCGUAGGGAAGACUUAAAUCAAAUGAAUGCAUCCCUCUUCUCCCCAUUCAAUCUACCCCACUCUCAAACUCCCAUCUUUUUACUUAUUCCCACCCUCUCUUCCCCUCCUUCCUACCCCAGUCUCCUCCUCUACUCGCAUUCUCUACUCUCCCUUUCCCCAUCUAGACCAAUUUUCACCCUUCCCGCCCCG